GGUCAGACCGCCCCGCCCAGCCACGCAGACGCCGCUGGGCUCUGCAGGUCGGGGCCGGGCUGGGCGAGCGGUGCCGGGACCACGCAGCCACGCCACGACGCGUGCACGCGCAGGCCGAGCACCCCCCGCUACCCCGCUGCGAUCAGGCCCCGGAAGAACCGUAGCCAGCCUUGCAGGAGCCGGCGCUUCUAGGCCACCAGAUGUUCGCUGCCAUCCAGCCAGGUCUAGCAGAGGGGGCCCAGUUCCUGGGGGGCCUGCCUCCUGGAAUAUGUCAGUCCGAGCUCCAACCAGACAAUAAUUCCAACUUUGUGGAGAGUGGUAAGGAUGCCAAUAAGAAUUGGCAUGGUGUGCCAGGCAAAGUGGAACCCCUCCCGAUGAGGAGUUCCUCUGAGUCACCCUCUGACAACCAGGUCUUCCAAGCCACUGGGCUCCUUGAGGCGGGAGUCCGCAGUCCCCCCGAGGGUGCAGAGCUCCCUGGUGCUGAGCCUGAGAAGCUGAGUGUUGCUAGCAGUGUGUGCUCGCCUCUGGAGGACAUUGGCUAUGCCAGCAGUUCCCUGAGCAUCGACAGCCUCAGCAGCAGUCCAGAGCCUACCUGUGGGACUCCUGGAUGCCCAAGCCCUCUGGAUCCCCUUCUGCCCUCUGUGGCCCAAGCUGUGCAGCAGCUACAGGCUCAGGAGCGCUAUAAGGAGCAGGAGAAGGAGAAGCACCAUGCGCACUUGGUAAUGUACCGUCGCUUGGCACUGCUUCAGUGGAUCCGGGCUCUCCAGCACCAGUUGGUUGACCAGCAGGCCCGACUGCAAGAGAGCUUCGACACCAUCCUAGACAACCGUAAAGAACUUAUUCGCUGCCUCCAACAGAGGGAAGCAUUGUGCGGGCACCAGGAUCACUGCUAAGGGUGUACGCAAGUGUGUAUAUUUGCAAGCCUGUGUGUGGUUAUGUACAAGUACGUACGUGAGUAUCGGUAGGCAUGAGUGAAGGUAAUAAGUGUGUGUGUGCUAACAUGUAGGUAGGUAUCUACAGGCAUGUGUGGAUGAAGUUGUAUGCAUUAUGUAUAGCAUGUAUGUUUAUGUAUGCAUGUGUGGCUAGAUGCCCAAGAAUGUAUAUAUAUAUAUUCCUGAAUAAGAUGUAUAUGCAAAAUAUUUGUAUGCAUAUGUAUCAGUUAAAUGUACAGGCUUAUGUUGGGUAUGAAUGAACCUUUGUGUGUUGAGAUCUAUGUGUGCCAGUGCUGGCAUAAGAAGCGUAUGUUAGGGAUGUGUGUAUUUGCAGAGAGACUUAAGAGCAGGUGUGAGCAGAUAGAUAUAUGUUCAGUUGUAUUGCAGGGCAUCCACCCAUUCCCGAGUUCCCAAAGUCCACCCCAGCCUCAUUCUCUACUGCAUCUCCCAGCUUCCUGGAGAAAGGAGCCUAUCUUGCUGUCAUAUAUUGGAAGGUGGUGGUUGAUAUGGUUGCUCCAUUCUCCUGGAGUUUCCCAGGGUACCUCCUAUCCCUCCUCCUCAUUUCACCCAGGUCUUGCUCUGUCCCUAAUGUUGGCUUUUUGGUAAGAGCUUUUUUGUGUGUGUGGGGUGGUUGCUUUUUGUUUGUUUUGCUCAUUACUGUACGCAGGAUUGAGCCCCAAGCCUUGUGCGUGCAAGGCAAACAGCUUACCACUGAGCUGCACCCCCAGCCCCUGGUUAGAGUCUUUGUGGCUGCUCUGGCCUUCCGUUGCACAUUUGCUGCGGUUUGGUCAGGGGAGUUGGUGGAGAACUGGUGUCAGGGAGGGAGCUGGCAUGAUGGUGGAGGUAAUGGCAGGGGUGGGGGAGGGGAUAAAAAAAGCUAGAAGAAACUUUGUGCAGCGGUGGUGGCACAUGCCUGUAAUCCCAGCACUCAGGAGGCAGAGAUAGGCAGAACUAUUGAGUUCCAAGCCAGUCUGGUCUACAGAGUGAGUUCCAGGACAGCCAGGGCUGCACAGAGGAACCCUGUCUUGAAAAAAGAAAGGAAGGAAGGAAGGAAGGAAGGAAGGAAGGAAGGAAGGAAGGAAGGAAGGAAGGAAAGAAGGAAGGAAGGAAGGAAAGAAGGAAAGAAGGAAAGGAUGGAUGGAAGGAAGAAAAAGAAAAGUAAAAGAAACUGUCCUCUUGAAUUAUCUUUGGCUCCAUGGGAUGGAUGAUGGGGAUGGAAGAGAAUGGUGGUGUGGAACUCUGUGAAGAACAUGAGAAUGGUGUUCUGAAACACACCAUAUUGCCCCCCUGUGAGGAGAGGCUGGCCACCAUGUUAAUUUAAAUUUCUACUGAAGGAGACUGUGUGCAUAGAAGCAUGCAGGUAAUAGACCAGAUGCACCAAGGCUGUCGGGGCACAAGGAGGAAACCUUCCUUCUUUUCACCUCGCCCUUGCUGUCUACCUUGCCUUAGCAACAGUGAAUGGCCAAUUGGUUUCAUUCAUUUUUCUGCAAUCUGAGUCCAGAGGAGCCAGAGCUCAUCUUCCCAAGUGAGCCGGGGACAGUGUCAGUCCAGCAUCCUGGGAUGGUUCUUUGCCUUUUCUGCAUGGCCCCUCUGAACAGGGAUUGACAAGCCCCAGCAGAGGCGUCAAGCCUUGGAGAUGAACACAUAUUGGGUCGACUAACAGUUAAGGUAGUGGAGCCUUUUGUUUUGUUUCUGGGUGCCAAGUGAAUGCAAUGAUAUGAAGCAGGAAUGGUGGCAGGUGACAGGGAAGGCACUGAUGGUGCCUCUGUCCCUCGGUCUCCCCACCUGCCAAGUGGGGGUCCUCUCACUCUAUCUCCAAAGAGUUCCAUCUUCGAUUGGAGGGUGGGUGAGAUGUGGUCCCGGGGACUUUCUAUAGUUCUUGCAUGUUGAAUGUGAACCUGGCCUUUGGACCAAUCCAGGAUAAAUAAACUAAGACAGAAAAUUAAAUCAUUUGAGGAUGUGUU